AUGAGCCUGCACAGUUUUUGGGCGGCCGAAUGCGUAACCAUAACCCCUUUGAUGCACUUCUUCCUCGUGGCCAAGAUUGGCCGCGAGUACUGUCCUCUCGUCGUCGUGGCCCAGUCGCCGCCCGAUGACGGACAAUGGAUGGCCCUAAGGAAGGAGUUUGUUCUUGAUAGAAUAAAAGGCGUAUACGAAUGGCUCACCUCCACACAACGCCACUGCGGCCUGGUGGCCGAACUCGAGGCCGCCACAGACGUCUACGGCGGCGGCCGCGACAAUGUCCCGGGCGCUGGUGGCAAUGUGCGGGCGUCCCCCCUGCUGACGAUCGAGCAAAAAAAGGCCCUGAAGAGGGAUCCGCAUCCCGCACGGUUCCCGUACCUUGCGCAUUCGUUCCUGCAGAUUAUCAAGGACCGGCCCGUUCGUUCCUUGAAUCUCCAACGGGAAGCAACCAUGCAUUGGGGAUUGGCCCAGCUUGGCACCACCUUUAAAUACGAGGAUAUGAGGAACCAGGCAGUCAUAUUCGACAUUACAGAUCUUGACAACAUCUCAAUGGGCGUUCUUCGAGGCGAGCGCGCGGGAGGGCGAGAAAUGUGCUUCGUGGAAGACUGGGCUGGAAAGGACCGUGUAGCACAGUUCGACGAUAACUUUCCUCAACUCCCACUAAUGGAUCAAAGCGUCCAAAAAAUGUUUUGGCCAAUUGCCAUGCAGGUACCGGAGGCGCCUCCCAAGCUUGCCGUUACGGAUUGCGAGACACUCAUCAAUUUGAUCCUGGGCGAUGUAUCCAAUGACGGCUACAUAGGUCUCGUGGAUGUGUGGCACCUCACAGCCGGCGUGGUCGCCGCCGCGCUCGCCGACGGGUCUGUCCGAGAGGCGGUGGUCAAACUGGCCUUUUGCAGCGCCAUCUUCUCGGGACCCAACGACCGUGCGGGCUUCGAGGCAAUGACCUCUGCGAUUCGCCACCUGCCGCGUCUGCGCAGCCUGUACAUUGCCGAGCCGCCGCAUCCGGGGCUCACGGUGCAGACCAGAGCCCGGGAGCUGGAGAUUCAGCAGGCAUUUAGGCGGGUGUUUCAAGCCUAUUGCCCGCCGAACAUCACGUUGGGAAUGACUAUCUACAGCUCUGAGUGUGCCAAUUGGCUACAAUUGUAG